AAAAUACCACAUUAUUCUCCCAUAAUUCAUUGCGCGAAUCCGUUCGCUGACAACUCCGGCUACUUGGAGCAUCUUUCCUUUAAAGGCUCUUCGGCAAUACACACGUGGGGCGUUUCAACACAACGCUGCCUCGCUAAAGUAUUCUUAGGUUUGGAUCUAAACCAAAGAGAGGAUGACGAGUGAGGACGUGGAGCGGCUGUUGAUCCAGUUUCAGGACGAGGACGGGGAGGUUCUGGGUUCCCCUUUUGAUGUGCCUCUGGACAUCACAGCAGACAAGCUGCAGCUCGUCUGCAAUGCACUGCUACAGAAGGAGGAGCCAGUGCCACUGGCGUUUUUUGUGCAUGGAGAGGCUGAGGUGGUGUCCAGUCUGGGGUUGUGUGUGAAGGCUCUUGGUGUUGAAACAGAGCAAGUUCUGCCAGUGGUGUACCAGCCUCAGGCUGUGUUCAGGGUCCGAGCUGUGGCCCGCUGCACCAGCACACUACAGGGACACACAGAGGCCGUCAUCUCGACUGCUUUCAGCCCCACUGGCAAAUAUCUGGCCAGCGGUUCAGGUGAUACAACAGUGCGUUUUUGGGACUUGACAACUGAGACCCCUCACCACACAGCCCGAGGACACACACAUUGGGUACUGAGCAUUGCCUGGUCACCUGAUGGCAAGAAGCUGGCUUCAGGAUGCAAGAACAGUCAGAUCUGUCUGUGGGAUCCAGUGACGGGUAACCAGAUGGGGAAGACUUUGACCGGACACACCAAGUGGAUCACUUGGCUCUCCUGGGAACCUCUCCAUCUGAACCCAGAGUGUCGGUACUUGGCCAGUAGCUCUAAGGAUGGCUCAAUACGUAUUUGGGACACUGUGUUAGGACGCUGUGAGAAGAUCCUGACUGGUCACACUCAAUCAGUCACCUGUGUGAAGUGGGGAGGAGAUGGACUCCUCUACUCUUCUUCCCAGGACAGAACGGUCAAAGUCUGGAGAGCCAAAGAUGGUGUCCAGUGCAGGACUCUGCAGGGUCAUGCCCACUGGGUGAACACCCUGGCUCUCAGCACAGACUACGUCCUGCGCACUGGAGCUUUUGAACCUGCAACUGCCACUGUCAACCCCCAGGACCUCACUGGAUCACUGGAAGAGCUGAAGGAAAAAGCUUUGCAGAGAUAUAAUAAAGUUAGGGGUCCAGCUCCAGAGCGCUUGGUAUCCGGCUCAGAUGAUUUCACCUUGUUCCUAUGGAACCCUGCAGAAGACAAGAAGCCACUGGCCAGGAUGACGGGCCACAGCGCUCUGGUCAAUGAAGUGCUCUUCUCCCCAGACACCCGGCUCCUUGCCUCCGCCUCAUUUGAUAAGUCCAUAAAAAUCUGGGAUGGACGCACUGGGAAGUAUUUAACGUCCCUGCGUGGCCACGUGGCAUCUGUGUAUCAAGUGGCGUGGUCGGCAGACAGCAGGCUGCUGGUCAGUGGCAGCAGCGACAGCACGCUUAAAGUUUGGGACAUCAAGACUGGAAAGCUUAACAUGGACCUACCUGGCCACGCUGAUGAGGUUUAUGCAGUGGACUGGAGUCCCGAUGGCCAAAGAGUGGCCAGUGGCGGUAAAGACAAAUGUCUCCGAAUAUGGAGAAGAUAGCCACACCUCUGUUCCCUUCCUAAUUUGGCAGAAGAUUUCACAUUUACUGCUUACAAGAAGCCUGCCAGCUGGAGCAAGGGUGGCUAGACUGUAGCUAACCCCCCAUUCAGCUUUAUUACACUGUCAGCAAUGGCAUUAUGUCAUGGAAAUCUAGGUCCAGUCAUCAUACAAACCUAAACCUCUCUAGGUUUGAAACCGAUGUGGGAUUCUUAACUAUAAAGGUUUAUAAUCGUAGAAUGUACAGUGUAAAAUGUAUGUUAGUGGCGGCAUCUCAAAUUUGAACAUGAAAUAGCUGCCAUUCAUGUACAUAUUGUUUUGUACACAUCCGGGGCCCUGACAUGUAAAGAACUUGACUUUUAAAGUUAAAUCCUGAUUAUAACGCCACACCCAUUUACAGAAACCACAAACAGUUAUGCAUUUAAAAAUAAAUACACAACCUAAUGCUUGAAUUUCUCAACACAGAAUAUAUUCUAAAAUGAGAUGAAAAGUCUAUAAGAAUUUAACCAGCACAUAAGGUGGUUAACUUGUUUCUCAGCAGCUUGUCCCCUACUUCACCUUAAGCCUCGCUAGACGGACUAUAUUGCAUGUGACAGGUGGACUGGCGGGGCAACAGGUGGGAACGCUAAUACCUUCCUCUGUGAUGUUAAUAGCAACGGCGCUCACCCUGCUCCUUCAACCUUUAAUCAUCUCUGUCCUGCAAUCAACAAAGCCUCAGGCCCGCUGAUUUUUCCCACUGAGGAAAAAGCAGGCUCACCAUUCCAGCUGAAAUAACCAGUUUUAUUUUCUGUAUGAGUCUGGCUGUGAAUAUUUAAUAACAAUAAAUAUUUACAUCCCAA